AUGCAGGCCGCCAGGCCCCAGACGCAGGCGGCCGCGACACGGUGCCGCAAGGCCACCAUUGUGCGCUCCACGGCGGCCCCCGCCACCGCUACCAAGCUCAACACCAAGCGCUCCGAGGAGAUCUUCAAGGAGGCGCAGGAGCUGCUUCCCGGUGGUGUCAACUCGCCUGUCCGUGCCUUCAAGAGCGUGGGCGGCCAGCCCAUCGUGUUUGACCAUGUCAAGGGCGCCUACUGCUGGGAUGCUGACAACAACAAGUACAUUGACUACGUCGGCUCCUGGGGCCCGGCCAUUGUGGGCCAUGCCAACGACGAGGUGAACGAGGCGCUCAAGGCGCAGAUCGAGAAGGGCACGUCCUUUGGCGCGCCCUGCGAGCUGGAGAAUGUGCUGGCCAAGAUGGUGAUUGAGCGGGUACCAUCUGUGGAGAUGGUGCGCUUUGUCAACUCGGGCACCGAGGCCUGCCUGUCGGUGGUGCGCCUCAUGCGCGCUUACACGGGCCGUGAGAAGAUCAUCAAGUUCACUGGCUGCUACCACGGCCAUGCCGACCAGUUCCUGGUGCAGGCAGGCAGCGGCGUGCUGACGCUGGGCCUGUCUGACUCUCCCGGCGUGCCCGCCACCACUGCUGCUGCCACGCUCACUGCCCAGUACAACGACAUCGAGUCGGUCAAGGCGCUGUUUGAGGCCAACAAAGGCGAGAUUGCGGGCCUCAUCCUGGAGCCGGUUGUGGGCAACUCCGGCUUCAUCCCACCCACCAAGGAGUUCCUGCAGGGCUUGCGUGACGUCUGCACCAAGGAGGGUGCGGUGCUGUGCUUUGACGAGGUGAUGACUGGUUUCCGCAUUGCCAAGGGCUGCGCCCAGGAAUACUUUGGCAUCACCCCCGAUGUCACUACCAUGGGCAAGGUCAUCGGCGGCGGCCUGCCUGUGGGUGCCUAUGGCGGCAAGAAGGAGCUCAUGCAGAUGGUGGCGCCCGCGGGCCCCAUGUACCAGGCGGGCACCCUAAGCGGCAACCCUCUGGCCAUGGUGGCAGGCAUCAAGACGCUGGAGAUCCUGGCCCGCCCUGGCGCCUAUGAGCACCUGGACAAGGUGACCAAGAGGCUCAUCAGCGGCAUCCUGGAUGCCGCCAAAGAGACGGGGCACGCAAUGUGCGGUGGAAGCAUCAGCGGCAUGUUUGGCUUCUUCUUCUGCGAGGGCCCCGUGUCGUCCUUUGAGGAUGCCAAGGCGUCGGACACCGCCAAGUUUGGCAAGUUCCAUCGCGGCAUGCUGGAGCAGGGCGUGUACCUGGCGCCAUCGCAGUUCGAGGCGGGGUUCACCUCGCUGGCCCACACUGAGGAGGACAUUGACCGCACCAUUGAGGCUGCCCGCACCGUGCUCAAGAGCCUCUGAGCGCGGUGCCACGAUACCCGCCCGCCCGCUUGCUCCCCCAGACCCCCUUGCCUUUUCUUCUUUUCCCAGUGCUAUCCCCGUCCAUGCGCUCAAGCCACCCUGCUCAGGCACCGAGCAUCACAAGUAAUAAAUGACAAAGC